CAUGAAACCCCCGUUGUUUUGUAUCAAGAAAAUGCAAUGGCCGCCAUCUUCGACUCUUGUGAAUGUUUUGGUCGUAGUUACGGACUUUGAGGCCUAUUUAUUACGUGCUAUGCAAUUAUUUGAUGGAAAUAGUUUCGCUACGUCCUACGUGUUGUAAAAUUGCUUAUUUACAGUCACAUGAAAUAAAAUUUGGGGGCCGAGGUGCACUCCAAGGCGUCAUCUCGGGUUUGACCCAAGAUGAUAGUAUAUACGUUAUGUCAGCCACACCAGAAUACGAACCAGCGGCCCGGCAAGAUUACGGGCCGACCACCUCCAGUGAAAAUGUUUAUGAACAUGUAUUGGAUCACAAAUUAGCGAAUAUGAAUGUAUCUAGUGUGAGAACUCCUGUGUUGAGGGCCCUGCCCUUGUCUCCCACUCAAGGUGAUCCUGAACCUGAUUCUACAAACCCUGAAAGUAUCAUUCAAUCUGUGCACAAAGUAGAGAAAGAAGUUGAAUAUCACAUUGCUGAGAAACACUGUGAUACUGACAUGUCUGUUGAUUCCCUCUGUGGUGGCAUUGUAAGGCUUGGAGAGGCUAUAGAUAAUGUCGGACGCCCAGCAUACCCUAUGUUACAAGAGACAGAAGAUUCAAAUGAUGACAAUUAUGUAGAAAAUCCCACAACCCUUAUACAAGCACCACUGAGCACUGCAAUUGUUCAAAAUGUAACUAAAUUGCCUCAGAACUUUACAAUAAACGUUGAUGCAGCUGUUGGAAACAUUACGUCUAUACAGAAUGUACAAGAUGUAUCCGGAAACCAAACCCUAUGGCUGCCUACAAUACUUGCCACCAGUGCUGCUACAAAUGACCCCAAUAAGAUAGAUGAUGAGAGAUCACAAGCUGGUGUGUCACAAAUCAUUAUCACUAGUGAGAGUUAUGUUAAUGAUGCCAAUCAACCAAGAAGAGCAAACAUUGUCGCUGAGACUAACUUUAUAAGCAGACCCAAGACUUCUAAAGUCCAAAUAUUAAGUAACAUAUCUAUUCCCAAGAACCCAAAUUACAAUCAACAAUAUUUAACGGGAAAGGAAAUUGCACCUGUAUAUGGAACUCAAAAUCAUGUUUACAAAUUGGGCAAUUCAGUUCUUUGCACUAAACCUCCGAAAAAUCAAUCAUUGAUUGGAUGCUCUACUCUAUCGCCAAAUGUUGUGAACAAUAGCCCAAUUAAAAAUACGUCCUACAGUCACAAUUUUACCAAAAGCACAAACCUAAAUAAAACAUUGAAUAAGGUAAACAAUGGUGCUAAUCUAAAUACUAUGGUUGCUGCCUCAUCAGGUAACUCGCAAUGUCAUAUAUUGUCUCGUGUGGUUUCUGGACCCAAUAAAAUGUCUGUACAUUCUGGAAGGAAAUCUGUGAACACUUUUAAGGGUUCGAAAAGCUCUGGACAAGUUUCUAACCAAAAGAACCAAUCAAGGCCAAUAAAAAUAAUACAACAGACUGGGUCAAUUAACAAAUCAGAGGCAAAAACUUGGCCAGUUGCCAGUGUCACAUACAAGAAUCAGCAGCCAAGUUAUGGAGUAACAGAGUCAAAUACAUCAAAAGUCAUCCAAAAAGUAGGCAGUCCUACACAUAAGAGUCAACCUCUACCUCUCUCAAAAUUCCCUUCGAAAACGGAACGUUUAGUGUUACAGUCACCAUGUGGACCUGUUUUGAUUUCUACAGCUCCUAUAAGUACCAGUUUACCUAAGGGACCGCAUUAUGUGCAGUCAGGAUCUACACCUAAUUUGCGAUAUGUUCAAACAUAUGGAACUGCAGAAAAUCCAAUAUCAACAGUAUCGCAAGUUACUAACCAACAGUUGACUGCACAGAUAUUGCAAUCAUUAUCACAACCAAAACUGAUGUUGCAAUCAAAUACUGCAUCGGUAAAUCAUAACCUUACUCCUUUACCGCCUACACCCGAGGAACCAGUGGAAGUUAAACCAGUCAAUCAAAAAAGAAUUGUUGUUGGCGACAAAUCAACAUUACUCACUGAAGACGACAUUAUUGGCAUGGAAGAAAGACCAAAUCUUUCAGAAGAACUAAGAAGAUAUUCCUUCCAGCCCCUAGCCUUUGUGAUGUUGGAUCACACUUACGCUCAGCCCGCGCAGAAGCAGCCUUCAGCCACUCCGCCUACGACGCCGGUAUCCACUGGCCCGCCUCCCACCAUAAUUUCACCCACAUUAACUACAUCUCCUAUGAGUCCUUUAAAACGCAAUUCACCCGUAAUCAUGUCCACAGCGUCUUAUGAAAUGCCUUUAGCAGUGCCUACUAGCGUUAUUGGAACACCUGUACCAGUUUCUUCUAUACAAAUGGCACCGGUCACAUAUAAACCACCACCACCUCCGCCGCCAGACGACGACGCUGCUUCAGUUAUUUCAUCUAUUGACGGAGACCGGAAAGCCAACAGGGGAGGUAGUGACACUGAAACUGCACCUGAAGGCGAGGAAGAAGGCAAGACAAGAUGCAUCUGUGACUUCACUCACGACGACGGUUACAUGAUCUGUUGCGACCGUUGCGGUGAGUGGCAGCACGUUGACUGUAUGGGUAUUGAUAGGCAGAACAUACCAGACGCAUACCAGUGCGAGAUCUGCCUUCCCCGGCCCAUAGACCGACGACACGCCCGAGCUAUACAGAUGAGGAAGAGAGAAGAACUCAGCGCCCUUGGUGCGUCAGAUACGGACUCGUCUGAAAGCAGCCGUCCUCCAGGACAGAGAAGGAAACGAUUACUGACUGUCACCACAUAUACCAAUACAAGUGGUUCAUGUGUCACCACAUACAACUCCGCUAUACCAGUGCUUCCACCACUUCCACAACCAUCGACACUAACUUUACCUAAGCGAGGACCUAAGAGGCCGAAGAAAACAGAAGUUGUGCGAAAAGGCACGAAAAGAAAACUAUCGGAAAAACGCGUAAAACGCAAAAAGGAAAUGAUGCUUAACAGAAGUAAAUACAGUUCAACCAUGUCGAAUCAGUCACAUUUCCAAGACUCGUACGAACUUGCUGUGACGAACCAUUACAGUCCAGAGUUGAGGGCUAAGAUUAUGAAAUAUAGCAAUAAACUUGGUAAUACUCCUAACAUGGCGUAUGCUAUGAACGCGCAUUUAUGUACCACUGUGCCCCACGCAGGUGGAAAGAUUCUGAUUGCUACUAAGGACUUAAAAGAAAAUACUCCAGUAAUAGAGUUACGUGGCAAAUAUAUGUUAUCAAACCAGCAUCGACCACAAUUACAAAAUACUGCUAGAGCAGGUAGCCAGAAACCGGGACCGUUUGUCUUCUUCUACAGGUUACCUAAAGAUAACACGCAAAUAUGCAUAGAUACUAGAACAUACGGGAAUGAAGCAAGAUUCGUACGUAGAUCGUGUAAACCAAAUGCAGAGUUACAACACUGCAUAGUCAAAGGCACAUUGCAUGUUUAUUUAGUUAGUAUUGGAGUUAUCCAGUCUAACACUGAAAUAACUGUUGGACACGAUGCUGAUGGCAGUAAACAGCCAUGUGCAUGCGGAAAUCCAAAACAUUGCAAAGUGAACGGCCUCAACACGUUAGCGUCCCGAAAGAGUGUGGACUAUCCGCCUAGAGAGAAAAGGAGCAGAAAUAGAUGCUUCAGUUCUUCAUCACCAGUAUCUCCACCGCUCCCUCCUGCCGCCACUACUCCAGUUAAAGAAUAUACUCAACAAAUAUCUGCGAUGAAAUCUGAGAAGAAAUCUCCACAGCAAAUUAAACAUGAAUACCCUCCUCUAUCACCUGUCAAGACAGCUGUGAUGGCAUUAAACUUUGAUGAACCGCCUAAACCUGAGCCGAUAGAAGAAAUUAAAACUGAAAUAGAUCUGAUAGCCAAAGAGGAGAUGAAGCCUGAAGAAGAUGAACGUGACUUCUGUAAGUCGGAAACUGUUGAAAAUAAAUUUGAAGAAGUAAAACACGAGUUAAUCCCACUUCCACCUGUAGAAGAACCCAGACCAACGAUCAUCUCGAAAGCAGAAGUAAAAGAGGUGAAGGAAUUUAAACUAGAGAAGGAACCAGUGUAUUCUGAUGAAGAGAAACCAGAAAAGGUUGAAGAAAAGAAACCUAAAGAAGAAAUAAAAAUAGAAGAAGAUAGACCAGUGACUAGAGAAUUUAUGGCCAAGUCAGCAUGCCAUGACAGAUCAUCGAGGUCCAGUCGGACAACUUGCGUGAAUCAAGACUCUCUGGAUGAUAAAACUGAUGAUUCUCAAGAUAAAAUACAGACUAAUAAUAAAGAAAAAGAAAAGAGAAAGAUGACGCGCGAGGAACGUAAGAUGGAAGCUAUAAUGAAGGCGUUUGAACGCAUGGAAAAAGCCGAACAGCGCAAACAGGAAGUGAAAGAAAGGCAGAAGAGGCGAGAGUCUGAUCCACAUCCUAAUGCUAAUGAUAAGGAUGAAGAUGAAGAAAUUCACAACACUACUAAAAAGAGGAAAAAGCGCAAGGGUCGUGCUCGCACGACGUCGCAGUCGAACCGGCGGCGCUUGAACUCUGCAGACAGCGACAUGGUAACGUCGGGCGACGAGGCCCAGCCGCCUCCGCUGACGCCGCCGCGGGCUGGCCCGGCGCGCCGCGACCAUGCGCUCCCACCACCCAACGUCGACCACGACCGCACCAACGAUGGCCCCCAUGAAGAACUCGGGUUGAGCUCUGCAUGCUUAUUGGUUGAAGCAGCUGUUGGUUCUGUUGAAUCCGCCUUUAAAUUACCAAAAACUAAGAAAACAAUGGCGACUGAAUGGAUAGGAAGGUCGCCUGAACGUACACCAUCACCUUAUAGAUCUCCUUACAGACCUACCUUGGUCGCCGCACCAUCGUUAGAAAGUUUAGUUCGAGUCGCAUCAACUAUGAUUGGCGAUUUAAGUGGGGAUGACUUGGAACAUGAAGAAGACAGUAGAGCUUCGCCCCCUAGAACACCCGGGAGGGAUCGAAAUAAACCUCCGAAGAAAGCCAAGCGAAUAACGAGGAGUACGCCGCCUGCCGAGGUGGCCGAGGUGGCGCCGCCCGUGAUACAACAACACAGCGCCAAGAAGCGGUGGCUGCGACAGGCCAUCAGCGAGGAGAGUGAUUCGCCUGUUGCAGAUGUGUUUGUUUCAGAAUCGCCUCCCAACGAAAUGGUAACGCCAUUAAAGAAACGACGACUAGCAAGAGAGUCGCUUUCUUGCGAACAAAACAAUAUUGUGCCUUGUAAUGACGAAACCUCGCCUAUUUUAACGUCAGAAGACUCUCCGGUCAAAGAUGACGUGCAGCCGUUGACGAGGCAAUUUAAAGUCAGAAAUAUUAUGUACGAUAGUUUAUAUGCUAGAGAUAGAACUCGUUCGGACAGCGGACAGGGAUCUGAUGACCAAUGCACCAUAGAUAAUGACAUGUUGAAUAUGAAUAUAAAGGGUCCACAUGACAGCGAGAACAUAAGGAGAAUUAUAGGAGUUCCGACACCUGAAGAUGAACUCCCACCUGAAAUACCUAAACCAGAUGACAUAAAAGCUAACAACAAUAAUGUUGAAAUGGAUGAAAGUAAUUACAAUAAAGUAGUGCCAAUGGAAAUAGAUACAACAAUACCUGCACAGCCAAAAAUACAAGAGUCUAUCGAUCUUAGCAUAGACGUGAAGGGAAUCGAGAGCCCAAAUGAUAAACUAAACAGCUGUCAGUCAGCAGACACCAGUGGGAACUCGUCACCACAACGCGACGAGAUGGAUGACAUUCAGAAGAAAAUACAUUCAUUCCACACAGAGAACAUACAAAUAUUAAAGAGUAGAAAUAAGAAACCCAAGGAAAAACGAAAGAAAGUAAACCUAAACUUCGACCUCAACAUGGUGGAUGAUCAGAUUAGCGUGCAGCUGAGAACGGAGAACGAUACGUCGUCUAAAUCCAUAGAAAUUAAUGGAGACAUUCACGACGACAUGAGCAAUUCAGUCCAUGAUGACGUCAAAGUUCAUGUUUCACCCGAGAACAUACCUCUGCCGCCUGUAGAGUCAAUACCUCCGGCACCAGAGAACAUACCUUUGCCAGAGGAACCGAGUCCGAUGCCUGUAAUACCGCCUCCAGAAACAAUACCUCUACCAGAGGAACCCAUGAAGCCUGUGAAGCCAACAAUUCGCCCAGCAUCACCUGUUGUAGAAAAGCUUGAUAAAAUUGAGAAACCCUUCUCAAUCGACAGGCCGUCCGUGUUAGAGAACUCAACGCUACCGUUCUCGUCGCGGUUUAGUUCAACAGGACUUUUCUCCGGUAUAUUCAGCAAUAUGUCUCAGUCGUUCAACAUGGACAGUUCAAUAAAUGAGAACGUACCGAACAUGUCUAUAAUAAAGAGUGCAAUAGAUAGGACUACAAGUUUAGAUAGUAGUUUGUUUGACAAGGACAGUAUUACGCCAGCAGACGAUCUGAAGAGCGUCCAGGAGAUAUUAACGCGAGUGAAUAAUAUGGACUCAAAUAACAGUGUAAUAUUAUCAGGGGUGCUCAACAGUUCAAAUAAAGCGAGUUUGUUAGCUCCAUCCCCCAAACCACUCGCAAAGCCUUAUUGCCCGCGAACCAACGACCCCAGACUGAACCCUCCGCCUGUAGAAAAACCUAAACCUGUAAGAAGGAAGCUCUCUAUAACGGAGUACCGUAAGCGGCACAAAGGCGGGUGUACGGAAGAGGGCGGCGGCGGGUCGUCGAGUGAGGCCGGCGAGGCAGGCGAGGCGGGCUCCGGCGGGGAGGCGGCCCCCGAGUGGUCGAGCGAGUCCUCGGGCGCCGCCUCGCUGUCGCCGCAGCGCCUCGACCAGGCCGCGCAGGCCGCCGCCGACGACCUCGAGCAGCGACUGCACCGGGAACUGGCCGCCUCCCACUUGCCUAAAGGUGUGUUUGACGCUCAGCCAACAGCCACGGAGCGACAAAGGGAAAACCUAAGCUUACGAUUACGACGGGAGUUUGGUCUUGCCUUACCUGAUGACGAAGAGACGAGACCUCCUACCGAAAACACCGAUGGCGCGGGCGGUGCGAAGCGGUGCGACAGGUAGUGGGCUGUGGGCUGUGAGCUCACUAUAAGACAUUAUUUUUGUAAAUCUCAGACGGUGUCACGCCCGUCGCCUGUAUUAUAUAAUAACUAGCAUAAAGGACUUUUCUAAGAGUGUACGUUAGAUGCGAUGCGCGCGUAUUGUAUAUUUCCGUUUCACUUGUACGUUUUUAUUUUCCACGGUUUUCUGCAAGUACAAAUUGUUUUUAUUUCCCUUUGUACAUAUUGUAUAUAGGAGAGUUAAGAUAUAUUAUAGGGAACCUAAUGGGUAACGUAUCUAUGUAUAAUGGUAUGAAAGAUUUUUUAUAUAUGUACAAUGUUUAUGUAUCUUAUUGAUAUAUUUAUUUAUUAUCGAUUUAUUCGAUAGUGCGUUUAGGGAAU